AUGUAUGAGAAGAUCAUAAUCUUAUUAACAAUUCUCUUAACGUCUCUUCCUUCUUGUUUCAGCAGCUACCCAUUUGAUCAACGAGAUGAUCCUUUCAUUUCUUCCAAUGUUUAUCAUCAAACCAGCCAUCUACAGGGUCACAUAACACGCAACAGCCACGCGAAAAAUCGUCAUGGUUAUGCUCCUAGAUCUUCUCCAAAAGCUUUUAACGUCAACACUUUCGGUGCUAAAGCCAAUGGAAACGACGAUUCUCAAGCAUUCAUGAAAGCUUGGGAAGCAGCUUGUUCAUCAACCGGAGUAGUUUACGUCGUGGUUCCAAAGAAAAGAGAUUACAUUCUUAAACCGGUUAAGUUCUCCGGUCCAUGUAAAUCUUCAUUGAUUAUUUUUAAGAUUUAUGGAAAUAUUGAGGCAUGGACAGAUCCAUCAGACUACAAGGACCGUAGGCAUUGGAUUGUGUUCGAGGGUGUCUAUAACCUUCGCGUUGAAGGUGGUGGACGCAUCGACGGUAAUGGAAAGAUUUGGUGGCCAAAUUCUUGCAAGAUCAACCCUCAACUUCCAUGCCUAGGAGCUCCAACGGCGGUUACGUUUGUGGAGUGUAACAAUUUGAGAGUAAGUAACAUUAGGUUGGAAAACGCACAACAAAUGCAUUUGACGUUUCAAGAUUGCAAAAACGUAAACGCUUUGAAUCUUAUGGUUACAUCUCCGGGUAAUAGUCCUAACACCGACGGUAUUCACGUUACCGGAACUCGUAAUAUCUUAAUUCAAGACUCUAUCGUCCGUACUGGUGAUGAUUGUAUAUCGAUAGUGAGUGGGUCGGAGAAUGUGAGAGCGACGGGCAUUACUUGCGGGCCGGGUCAUGGAAUCAGCAUUGGAAGUUUGGGAGCAGACAACUCAGAAGCAUAUGUUUCAAAUGUGGUAGUCAACAAAGCGACUCUUAUAGGAACCACUAAUGGUGUGAGAAUCAAGACUUGGCAGGGAGGACAUGGAAUGGCAAAGAACAUUAUAUUCCAAGACAUUUUAAUGAAAAACGUUACAAACCCAAUAAUCAUCAACCAGGACUAUUGUGAUCGCCCUGAAGCAUGUCCCGAACAGAAAUCGGCCGUGCAAGUGAGCAAUGUGUUGUACAAAAACAUACAAGGGACGAGCUCAAGACCCAUAGCUGUGAAAUUUGAGUGCAGCAAAAGCAUUCCAUGUCGAGGCAUUUCAAUGCAAAACGUUAAGUUAGUCGACCAAACUCAACAAGAUGUCUCAAAAGCUUCUUGCUCCAAUGUGAAUUUGGACACUCGAGGAAAUGUUUCUCCUCUUUGCACUUGA